GAUGAAGAAAUGCGUAAAGAUUAUGACUACAUGUUGGAUCAUCCUGAAGAGUAUUACAGGCAUUAUUAUCACUACUACAGCAGGAGAUUGACACCUAAAGUGGAUGUGAGAAUAGUGAUUCUAGUUACAGUGUGUGCCAUCUCCGUGUUCCAGUUCUUCAGCUGGUGGAGCAGUUACAAUGAAGCUAUCAACUACCUAGCUACAGUGCCAAAAUACCGUAUACAAGCUACUGAGAUUGCCAAGCAACAAGGUUUACUCAACAAGACUAAAGAAAAGGGCAAGAACAGACGGUCUAAAGAAGAAAUCCGUGAAGAGGAGGAAGAAAUCAUCAAAGACAUUAUUAAAAAUAAAAUUGAGAUAAAAGGCGGUUAUCAGAAGCCCAAGAUAUAUGAUAUCCUUCUAUUUCAGAUCCUCCUCGCUCCCUUUUACCUGUGCAGAUACAUAGUUUGGUACUGUUGGUGGAUUUAUUGUUUCACUAUUAAAGGGCGAGAGUACGGUGUAGAAGAGAAGCUGUACAUCAUAAGAAGGUACAUGAAAAUGUCUCAGUCUCAGUUUGACAGCCUAGAAGAUCAUCAGAAAGAAACCUUUCUUGAGCGCCAGUUGUGGAUACGGGAGAACUAUGAGGUCUAUAAACGAGAACAAGAAGAGGAGUUAAAGAAGAAGAUGGCCACGGAUCCCCGAUGGAAGAGAUACCGGCGGUGGAUGAAGAAUGAAGGACCUGGAAGACUGACCUUUGUUGAUGACUGAGAGCUACUGAAGAAAAAGUGUGCUGAUGUUGAAAGUCAUUUGCAGAACUUCUGUCACUACAUCAUUCAGAGUUUUGUCUGCUGUGUCUCAGCAGCGAUCUAAAACUCAGGAAUUAUUAAAUCAGGCUGAAAAAUAAUACAGGUUUACCAUUUUUAUAAGUCAAACCUAUUAAGCAGGCUCAGCUCAGUGUAUACAUGCCAUUUACUUGGGGAUCUCAAUGUGGAGUUCAUUAUUCCAAACUAUGUAUUCUCUCCACAUAUUUCAUA